AUGGCGAGGGCGAGGGCGAGGGCGAGGGCGGGGGCGGGGGCGGGGGCGGGGCGCUUUUGCAGAGGCGCUGCACCGCGCAGUGCUGCUGCUGCCAAGCGCCGCCGGGCCCUUCCUCCGAGCGCUGCUGCGUGCGGUCUUGCUGCCUGCUCGGCCCACCGCUACCCAAAGGUUCGCAAGGCGGCGGCGGACGCGCUCUACGUGCACUUCCUGACCUACGGCGACCCGCUCGAGGGCGGCGAGGUUGCCGAGGGCGGCGGCGGGGGUGGUGGGGUCGGGGGCGAGGGCGGCGGGAACGGUGGGGGCGAGGCGAGGCUGGUCGAGGUUGAGCGUCUGCUGACGGAGACGGCGUGGCUCGCCGACCUCGAGGCGGCGGUGAGGCCGGCGCAGGCGCGGCUUCUGCUGCUCUUCGGCCUCGACCCGCCGCGGGCCGGCGAGCGGCAGCCGGGGGAGAGGGCGGCGCGGGCGGCGCCGGAGCCCGAGGAGGAGGACUCGUACGCGGCGCUGGUCAAGGAGCUGGGCUACUGA